AUGGGACUCACAAACCAAACAGCUGCUGCUGACUUUCUCCUCCUAGGCCUUUCCAGUGACCCAGAAUUGCAGCCUGUCAUGUUUGGACUAUUUCUGUCCAUUUACCUGAUCACAGUGAUUGGAAAUAUGUUCAUCAUCUUGGCCAUCCAUUCAGAUUCCCAUCUCCAUACUCCCAUGUACUUCUUUAUCUCCAACCUCUCCUUGACUGAUAUUUGCACAAGCACCACAACAAUCCCAAAGAUGCUGGUGAGCAUCCAAGAACGGAAUCUAAGCAUAACCUUUGCAGGAUGCCUUACUCAGGCUUGCUUUGCCAUGCUUUUUGCUAGCCUGGAGUGUUGCCUUCUUGCAGCCAUGGCAUAUGAUCGCUAUGUGGCUAUUUGCUAUCCUUUGAGGUACACAGUUAUCAUGAGUUGGCGUCUGUGUAGUCUACUCGUCCUAUUCUCCCUGAUCAGUAGCACUGUAAAUGCUUUACUUCUCAGCCUCACGGUGCUCUGGUUGUCCUUCUGCAAAGACUUGGAAAUUCCCCACUUCUUUUGUGAAAUUACACAGGUCAUCAACAUAGCCUGUUCUGACACAUUCAUCAACAAUUUACUGAUAUACAUUGCAGGUUUAACAUUUGGUGGCAUUACUUUUUCCGGAAUCAUUUUCUCUUAUACUGAAAUUGUCUCCUCUGUUUUGAAAAUACAGUCUGUGCAAGGAAGAUAUAAAGCCUUUUCUACCUGUGGGUCUCAUCUGUCAGUCAUUUCUUUAUUUUAUGGGACAGGUUUAGGUGUGUGCAUUAGCUCAGCAGUAACUGACUCUCCCAGGAUCACAGCAGCGGCAUCAGUGAUGUAUACUGUGGUGACUCAGAUGCUGAACCCCUUCAUCUACAGCUUAAGGAACAAAGAUAUGAAGGAAGCCUUGAGGAAACUCAUAGGUAGGAUACCUUCCAUCUUAUAA